UAUGGAAUACUGGACACCCCUAGCUUCGUCAAGUUUGUUGUUUACUGUUUUGCUGUCAAAAACGAUGUUUCGUUUUGACGGAACAGCAAAUCGUCGGACCGAUUUUUACUGCGCGAGGGAGAAUCGGAGGAAAACGAGUUUUUGGAUUUGUGGUGCGUGAAAGUGGUGAUAUUUUUUGGGGAAAAUUAGCAUAAACAUUUGUCCUUCUUAUCACGUAAACAGCGUUAAAGGCUAUUAUUUGGCCUGGAAGCGUCUGAGGAACGUUUGGGUGUGGAUUGGAUAGAAAACGAAGCGGCAAUCUAGUGCAGAAGUGUUGUGCCAUACUCGUAAAUUCAGUGUGCAAUUAUGGAUGUAAACCAUUCACCGAUGAGGAGCUAAAACAGCGGUGACGAUUGCAGUUGCAGAUAAAUCACUAGCUAGAAACAUGAAGGUUUACCGCUUGUUGGCAGUGCUUGUGUUGACUUCCUUUCUGCUGAUUUGGUAUUACAUCCUGCGCGUCAACAAUGGAUUGUUCAACGGCCUCAGCCUGGGAGUCAAUUCCAGUUUCAGCGGAUUCGGAUUGGGUCGUAAAAGCCAUCGCGCACUGGCCAACGGGACGGAGAUAGCCAUAGUAGUUGUCGCAUGCGGCGAGCGACACAACGAAGCACUAAACAUGAUCAAAUCGGCCAUCAUGUUCAACCGGAAUCAGGCGCCGCUGAAAUUCGUUGUCGUGGCCGAAGAGCAGUUGAAGCAAAAUUUUGUGGAGAAACUGGACGACUGGCAGGAGAUCAACGACAAUAUUUUCACUUACGAAAUACAUUCCCUGACAUUCCCGGAGGCGGACAAGGACGAGUGGAAGAAACUGUUCAAACCCUGCGCGGCACAACGACUGUUUUUGCCGUCGCUGUUACCUCACAUCGACUCAGUGUUAUACGUGGAUUCGGAUACAAUCUUCCUGUCGCCGGUUCAGGAGCUGUGGUCGAUGUUCCGCAAUUUCAAUGCGUCGCAAUUUGCCGGCAUGGCACCCGAGCACGAGGACAAAAAUGCCGGUUGGUACAAUCGGUUCGCUCGUCAUCCGUACUACGGCGAUCUGGGCGUGAAUUCCGGCGUCAUGUUGAUGAAUCUCACCCGAAUGAGGGACUUCAAGUGGGAAGAGCACAUUAUGCCAAUCUACAAAGAGUACCGACUGAAGUUGGUAUGGGGCGAUCAGGACAUCAUCAACAUUCUGUUCCACUAUCAUCCGGAUCGGUUGUACGUGUUUCCGUGCGAUUGGAACUACCGAGCGGACCACUGCAUGUACAUGAGCGUUUGUGACGCACCGGAUGGCGUCAAGAUCAUCCACGGGAAUCGGGGAUAUUUCCAUUCGUACGUGCAGCCAAUCUUCAACCUUCUCUAUACCACAAUCGAGGAGUACGCCUUUCGAACGGACAUCCACUCCAACUUCAUCCGAACGGUGGAAGACUCGCUGGCGCUGCCGAGCAACUCAAACUGUGAUAAACUGCUGGACAAGUUUUUACAGGACCCUAGGAAGUAUUUCAAGCAGAACCAGUACAUCGAGGAGACGUGAGGUGAGAGUCCGUAGAAAGACUCACAUUUUCGGACGCCAUAUCGUGGGAGACAACCAUAGUAAGAUAAAUGGUUUUAUUUCGGUUAUCAUGACAGAUAGUUUCAAAAUUGUUUUGAAACUAAGAUAAGACCAGGAAUUUACUUGGGAAUGCACAAAUUUCGCGCCAAAUCAUCUACCCCACAGGUAAGUUGACGCGAAAUUCGUCAAACGAAACGUUACGUAAUUUCGAAUCGAAUAGUGAUUUCACUCAAACAGUGCUAGUAAAAAAAGAAAGAACAAACAUGAACAAUCGCAACGAUAGGUCUACGCGCCCUUUCAUAUACGUAUAGUAGCAAAACACUGAAUUGAAACGAAUUCAGGUGAAACUCGCCUUAGUUGAUAGAUUUUCUUUUAAUGUGCAAGAAGACUUUGAUCUGUUUUAGAGAGUUGACUUUUGAAGGACGUUUUUUGUUUCUUUUUCAAUGUCAAUAGCUGUGCAUAUGUAGAUUUUUUACAAACUUAGUCAAUCUCUAUGUAGAGAGUUUCAAGUAUUAGGAUCGAACCAGGAUUUCAGGACGUAAGGCAAGUGUAAAUAAACGUGAGUGUUUUAAA